GAUCACUUCCGCCUCUAGGGUCAGGCUCCACCCACGCCCGGCAUCACUCGCGCAGGUGGAGUCAAGAUGGAGGAGUACGCGCGAGAACCUUGCCCUUGGCGAAUUGUCGAUGAUUGCGGUGGGGCCUUUACGAUGGGUACCAUAGGCGGUGGUGUCUUUCAGGCAAUAAAAGGUUUUCGAAAUUCUCCAGUGGGUGUAAACCACAGACUACGAGGGAGUUUGACUGCUAUUAAAACCAGGGCUCCGCAGUUGGGAGGUAGCUUUGCAGUUUGGGGAGGUUUAUUUUCCAUGAUUGACUGCAGUAUGGUUCAAGUCAGGGGGAAAGAAGAUCCCUGGAACUCCAUCACAAGUGGUGCCUUAACAGGAGCCAUACUGGCAGCCAGAAAUGGACCAGUGGCCAUGGUUGGGUCAGCAGCGAUGGGUGGCAUUCUCCUAGCUUUAAUUGAAGGAGCUGGUAUCUUGUUGACAAGAUUUGCCUCUGCCCAGUUUCCCAAUGGUCCUCAGUUCACUGAAGACCCUUCUCAGCUGCCUUCAGCCCAGUUACCAUCUUCACCUUUUGGAGACUAUCGACAAUAUCAGUAGGACUUCUUUCCCAGGAUUUCUGUAACAGAAUGAGCUGUAGUUCAAGAAGGAAUUUCAGAAGAUAAGUUAUAGUCUGUUUUUAAAGCCACAGGUGGGACAGCUAUGGCCAAAUAGGCUUUGAAGAGACAUUUAGCUCUUUUUUCUAUUUAAGGGAACAUUGCAGGGGUGGGGCGAAGACAUUAAAAGAUAAUACAUUUAUUUAUUCACAGUUGGAUUGCAUUUGUGAUCAAAAUAAAUGUCUAAUACCUUUAAAAGAAAAUAUAAUAAAUGCUUAGAAGAUGAAGGACUACAGGGCAAACAACAGUGAGACGUGAUCAUCAUUUCUUUGGGGAUUUCUCUGCCUGGUUUUGUGUGUUCUGUCAGCCAAACAAUAAAAAACUGGAAUUCGCUCUUUCUUUUAAGAUAAGUUGUACAGUUCUACUUUUCAACCUCGAAUACUUCAGAUAAUGCAAAUUGUGUUGAAAAUUGCAUGAUUUAUACUUAGGCUCUCAUCUCACUUGAAGUAAAUUAUGUAUGAGAAGAAUUAUACAGAGUUAACACGGAUUGUCUCACAGUAGAUACUGUGUGGAUUGAAGGGUGAGAUGAAGUACCCUUUACUUUGAAAGUAAAAUAUGUGAUUUUUUGGUUUUGAAGAUGUCAGAUGUAAAAUUUCCUUUACCUUUGA